AAAAUCCCCAUGAGGACACAUCUGCAUUCAAAUUAUUAUUAAGCCCCAUUCCAACCAGCACAAGCUACAAAAACAGAAGCAAAACGGUGCAGAAAAAAGGAGAAAUCAAUGUCACAAGAGAGGAGGAAAGAUGGAGAUAUCAGUAGAUCUAGCAUGCCGAAGAGCCCCGGCUUCAAAUUCAAUGUCCAUGCACCUGAGUUUGUCCCUAGAUUGACAACCCAGGUGCCUGACUCAGGCUAUUUCUACCCUUAUCUCCCGUUCCUUGGCAAUGGAGGAUACGGGUUGGGCCCGGAUUGGUUCUACUUCGGGGAUCCGGAUCCAGUAAUGUUCAUACCUGAUUCGCGACCCAAGGUCACUGCGAAUUCGAGGAGCAACGAUGAUGUCAGUCAGAAGAUUGUCAAGCAGGUCGAGUACCAAUUCAGUGAUACAAAUCUGGUUGCCAGUGAUUUUUUAAUGAAGAUCAUGAAUAAAGAUCCUGAUGGUUAUGUUCCUAUGUCUGUAAUUGCAUCUUGGAAGAAGAUAAAAUCUCUUGGUGCAAACCACCAGGCACUUGUAAAAGCACUCAAGACCUCCACAAAGCUUGUUGUAAGUGAUGAUGGUAAAAAAGUCAGGCGCAAACAGCUCUUCACGGAAAGAGACAGAGAAGAAUUGCAGUCUCAUAUUGUGGUGGUAGAAAAUUUGCCUGAAGAUUAUUCACGACAAAAUCUUGAGAAGAUAUUUAGUGUGGUUGGGAGUGUGAAGAAUAUCAGAAUAUGUCAUCCACAGGAGCAGAAUACUUCUAAAUCUACAAAGGGUGAUAUGGUCAUCAGUAACAAGUUGCACGCGUUUGUGGAAUAUGAAACAGCCGAUCAAGCUGACAAGGCAGUUGAGAAGCUAAACGAUGAGAGGAACUGGAGGAAGGGCCUUCGAGUUAGGUCAAUGCUUAGACGCUCGCCAAGAUCAGUGAUAAGAAACAAGAGGUCAGAGUUCGAUCAUUUUGAUACAAUCUCCGAAGAUGAUCAGUCACCACAAUCUCAGACAUCAGGGUCAUCUACACAUGUAGAACAUACCUUUGAAAGCAGUGCCGGAGCUCCCAACCCCCAAAAACUUGUGCCUUGCCAGUCUGAAGAAAUUCCAACUCCAACAAGUACAAAGAAAAUUCGGGCAAAAAGCCGCACAAAAACUCAUGGUCUAGUCCAUAGCCAUAGUGGGCGCGGUCUUCUCGCUCAGAGUCAGCAGCAACUUGGUGCAGGCAACCCUGCUGAAAAUUCACCAAAGUCGACUUCCCAGGGACCAAGAAUGCCCGAUGGAACUCGUGGAUUCACCAUGGGCCGUGGAAAGCCACUUACGAUGCUAACCACUGUUUGUUUCAACCCAAUUCAGCUCUGAGAUUAUUGCAUACUACAAAUUUGCUGAGAUUUAGGUUUGAGAUCAAUUAUGUUAGUUGUUUGAACGUGUUGCUCUGAGUUUUGUGACUGUUUGAAUGUCAUAAUGUAUCGGGAGGAAUAAUUGAAUUGUACUACAGUUCAACUAGUUAGUUUUGUACAACUGUUGGUAAUUUUUUCUGCAUUGUACUAUUCUUGGUUCAGUGUUUAUGGAUAAGUGGUGAAUCUAAAGGCA